ACGUCACUCGUGUAUCUAUAGUUUCCUUCUGUUUUGAAACCCAAGCUUGGUGAUAUAGUUGCUUGAGAAAUAUUGUAAAGGCGAUUAUAAGUGUAUUUAAGUGUAAAUCUAUAGAUUCGAUAAGAUGGAAAAGAGGGUCGCCUUAGAAUCCAGAGGAAGGAAUCCUUCACAGGUAAAGGAAUUAAAUUUGGACAAUUGCCGCAGCACCAGUAUUGUUGGCCUCACAGACAAGUAUGUCAACCUGGAAAUACUCAGUCUAAACAAUGUGGGACUAACAUCAUUGAAAGGUUUCCCACCGCUUCCCAAGUUAAGGAAACUUGAGCUUUCUGACAACAGAAUAUCUAAUGGGUUAAACUUCCUGAAUGGUUGCCCAAAACUGACACACCUGAAUCUAUCAGGAAAUAAAAUUAAGGACCUAGAGUCUCUGAAGCCAUUGGAGGAGUUCAAAAAUUUAAAGAAUCUUGACUUAUUCAAUAAUGAAGUAACAGGUUUAGAUGAUUACAGAAAUAAAGUCUUUGCAUUGCAUCCUUCACUUAAAUAUUUGGAUGGUUUUGACAAAGAUGACAGGGAAGCUGAUGACAGUGACGAGGAAGAAAGGGAGGAAGACGAGAUGAAUGGAAACAAUGACAGUGAAGAUGAUCUGAACAUAGAUUUGAGUCCUUUGGUGAUUGAUGAUAGUGUGUCUGAAAGGCCAGAUGAGAGCAGGACAACUUUGCCGAUGUUGCUAUACACCGUUUAUGGUCUCCUAUUCCACAUGGGGUAUCUAUUGAAAAGUUCUGAGGAGGAAGACGAUGAGGACGAGGAUAUAUCUCUGAGUGCAGUCUACAAGGACGAUCUCGAGGAAGAGAGCUCUGCAAGUUCAUUGUAUGAAGACGGGUCUGACAUCUCAGAGGAGGAGGACAUUGAUGAGGACGGAGAGGGAGAAAAUGAUGCAGACGGAGACCACAACAACAAAGUCCAAGAUGGAGAAGAUAAUGCAGACGGCGAACCCGAGGAGAGCACCCGGGGUAAAAAGCGGAAACACGAAGACGACGAGAACUGAGUGUUGCCUUAAGCGGAGUUAUCUUACUAGUUCGUAAGUGUACAGCGCUCCGAUGGUCGGACAAUAAGCAUCGGACACACCGCCCCACCUACCUCCACGCAUUAUUAGUUCUUACUUUCUUUUAGCAUUUUUGAUAACAUUUUUUGAUGUCUCUUCCUGUCUAUAAUGUUGACUCUAAAAUAACGGAUAUAUAACAUGCUUGAAAAAAAGUAAAUUAAAUAUAUUGUAUAUUUAGGCACGGUUUAUAAAAUAUGCUAUGCAUUAAAGACAGUCCUAAUUGCUUACACUUCUGAAUACACCAAUUUUAGAAAGAAGUCUUUGUAAAUUUAUAAGGAGCGAAACCUAGCAGCAGGUAUAUUUGUACUUUUGAUAUGUCUAGUAAUAGUAAUAUAUUCCCAGACACUGCUUUAUUAUAGUAAUAUAUCAAUAUACACUGCAGCAAUAAUGAUGCAAUGAAAUCCAUGAGUAUAGCACGUCUUACAUUUAUUUAUUCCUGAGCACCAAAUUCUAUAAAACGCAUCUCGUGCUCUCAUGGAAGUAAGAACUAGACAAAAUGGUGGGUGGUAGUGAGCUCCGCAAGUUGUCAUUCGUGAGAUUGGCCGCGUCUGCAAGAGGCUCAGCUUUCACUUAGCGUUAUGUCUCGAUAUCGAGCGGUUCUAAAAUGUUUUCUAUCAUUGAUUCAUGUUGAUGUCUAUUGUGUGAAAUCUGUAGUUUGUUGUCCGAGAGUUAAUGUUUCAAUUAAAUUGUUUAUGUAAUAAUCAUUUUUUAUUCUAUUGACAUGCUUAAUUUUAGUCUAAUCAUUGAAAUGGAAGUGCAUGAUUUUAGGAUUAAAUAGCUCUCAUUCUAAUCUACGAUUUCAAUGGAUUAUAUUAAUUAGCUAUAAGUAAAAGAGUGAAUGAUUCAUGCCCAGAUAUAAAACUUAAAUUUGAUGUGGGUUCCGCCUGUUAACGAUGACCAAAUUAGACUGAAAUGACAUAAUACAAAAUUUACAUACCACAAUAACUAAAAUGUCAAUUCCGUCUUGAAAUAUUUCAAAAUUAAUACAAAUGAGAAAUUGUGCGUUUAUUUUAGUUAAAAGUACAAGUGGAUUUAGAAAUGAAUGAAAGCUUCUAUUUCGUAUUUUACUAAUUAAAAAUAUUUUAACAAAACUUCGAUUUCUACCCAGUAACAAGUAUAUUAGCUACUGUACCUUGUGUUCGGGCAAUAACUUGUCAUAAGGAAGUAUAAUAAUUAGAUACAUUCAUGCAGAUAUGUUUUCCUCAAAGUGAAUGAUUGCGAUUUCUACCAAUGCAACGAUCUCGUCAAGAGUCUGCUAUAAGUUCGUAAUCUCACUAAUGAUAACUAAUAAAUUUAUCAAUUCCAGAGGGCGUAUAAUAUAAUCCGAUUUAUUAGAUCAAAUCUUUGACGUCUGACGAAUUCAGAGAGUAUUUUUCUACAAUCUUUUAAAACUAAAAGAGCGAUUUAUGCACUUAAAAUAUCAAUGAAAUGUUUGGUUGAUGCGUCAUGGUGAACGUGCCAGAUAUGUUGAGAAGAAUUUUAGUUAAUAAUUUUAUUAUAUUAUGUAAGUCAUUAAGUUUAAGUAAUUUACAACUUGGCCUGUUGAUAUAUAUUAUAUAAUCCUAUUAAGACUUUAUUUCUGGGAUUGUAAAAUAAAAGCUAAACAUA